UUGCCUGGGUAACGUCAUGGAGUAGCUGGGAAGAGGAAAUGGCCUCUGCAGCGCUCGGAUCUCUAUGGUCAGGGAUACAUGGCAUUUCCUGUCAGUGUAAACACACCGUCUAGCUGACAUGGCUUCAGUGCAAGACCAUGACCGUGUUUAAGUAAACAAAGGAGCACGUAACGACGCUUUUCUCCAUGAAAGAGCCACUCUGGGUGCUGAUGAAUGUGGCGGUGGGUUGACGACGCGGGUGGGUUAGCGAGCUAACAUGGACCUCGGCUCUAUGCUCUACAACAGUUUAAAAGAUGUAACAUGGAGCACGACAACUCUGCCUCUGGACCGACUGGUGAGCGCCUACAGACUGCCCCAGAUUGUAAAACUGGACACCGGGGAAUCGGUGGAAGGGCUAAGAGAAAACGACUACCUCUUGAUUCAUUCGUGUCGGCAGUGGACUACGAUCACCGCCCAUAGCCUGGAGGAGGGCCAUUAUGUCAUUGGACCGAAAAUCGAGAUCCCAGUCCAUUAUGAGGGUCAAUUCAAACUGCUGGAGCAGGACCGGGAUAUUAAGGAGCCGGUGCAGUACUUCAACAGCGUGGAGGAAGUGGCCAAAGCUUUUCCUGAACGAGUUUAUGUCAUGGAGGAAAUAACAUUCAAUGUUAAGAUGGCAUCAGGAGAAUGCAAUGAGGACACAGAGGUGUACAAUAUCACCCUGAACACUGGCGACGAGUUAACGCUUAUGGGCCAAGCUGAGAUCCUGUAUGCAAAAACGUCAAGAGAGAAAUCACGCCUCAACACCAUAUUCAGGCGCAUCGGCAAGCUGAACUCAAUCGGUCGUCCAGGGCGGGGCAAGAUGCCAUGCCUGAUCUGUAUGAAUCACCGCACUAACGAGAGUGUGAGCCUGCCAUUCCAGUGCCGUGGCCGCUUCAGCACAUGCUCGCCACUGGAGCUGCAGAUGCAGGAGGGUGAGCACAGCAUCCGUGCCAUAGUGGAGAAGACACGGCUGCCCGUCAAUGUGACUGUGCCUGCGUGUCCACCGCGCAACCCGCAUGACCUGCACCCGAUCCGAGAGGGUCACCGCUACAAGCUCGUCAAUGUGCGUACCAAGACGGUGGUGGUGUGCUGUGUACUCCGCCCCAACGCUGUGCUGCCUGUACACUUUCCCUUGCAUGUUGCCACGGCAAUGCCUCGCUUGCUGGUACCUGAAGGCCUGCUGCAUGGAGAGGCAUGGCUGGAAAGCGUAGUUCAUCGCUGGUUCGCAUACUGCCAGGAACAGUUUGAUAUCGACAACUACUCGAGAGCAGUGCGUGAUGUGAGGGCCGACUGGCCCGAGGACUCCAAGAGUCCCAAGAAAGGCACCAGUGGAACAGGAUGCGCAGUCGGGACUGGAAACGGCGGUGGAGUUGGUACCAACGGCUGCCCUGCCCACCUGCCCAGCUCACUUAGCUCAGCCCGGGACGAGCUCACACAGUCAUUCCACCGACUAUCCGUCUGUGUCUAUGGGAACAAUCUGCAUGGCAACAGCGAGGUGAACCUGCAGGGUUGUGUUAGCCUCUACGGGGAGCUUGUGCCUCCAGAAGCACCAGAUGCGGAUUAUCCAUUUCCAGAGCUGCUAGACAGUUCAUCUGGUCCUUGCAAAGCGGAUCUGCCAUACGAGGAACUGUGGCUGGACCACACACAGACACACAGUCCUGUACACGAGCACAACGAGGCUGUCCGAGGAAGCGUUAGCAUCUCCAGCUGCCUGUCUGGCCUGCCAUACCCCAGUGUGGGUUCUACAAGUGCUGCCUUCCUCAGUGCUGAUAUCAAUCUACCUCCACCCCCUGUGCCUCCAAAAUCUGAAGCUGUGAAGGAGGAGUGUCGGUUGUUAAACGCUCCUCCAAUUCCUCCGAGGAGUUCCAAACAGACAGCCCUGAGCUCCGGCAGCGUCCCAGUGCCAUAUCCACCCACAAAGCCACGGCAGCCAGACACUCGUUCCCCAAGCCCAACGCUGUCCUACUACUCCUCUGGUCUGCACAACAUAGGAGGAGAGAGUGAGUCCUCAAAAGAGAUGGAGGAGCAGAACCACGCAUGUUACCCAUGCAACUGGAUUCGAACAGAUACCAACAAAAGCACCAAGCCUCCCCCCUGUCUCAGUCCCUCCACUGACACUGCGCUCUCCCGUCUCUCCUGGCCAAAUGACUUCUGUGGGCCUGAUUUCCACAAAACUGAGGACUUCUCAUCAGUACAUUGCCGUAGUUACUCCAGUUACCCUAGGAAAAGGACCCCUGGCACCCCUAAGACUUGUUCCUCUGGCCUCUUUGACUUUGACAGAGGAGGGACAAGCACUGCAGCCACAAAGGCCCAGCAGCCGGCCCAGUUUUGUACUAAAUCGACUAGUUAUACCCUGGAAAUGUACAGAGACAAACCUAUUGAGGAAUGUGACACUAAACAAAGCAGAUCCUGCCCUAUCUUGCCACCAAGAACCCCAAAACCCAGUGAUGCAAAGAAAGAUAAGGAAUGUGCAUCAGCAAAUGUCGCAGGCGUUGACACUACACAACAACAGGUGGACAGAGUAAACCAGGCAACUGCACUGUCCUGUCCUUCCACUACAGGGCCACAAUGGCAGCCACCAAACAACCUCUCGGGCCUUUCCAUUGAAGAGGUGUCCAAGUCACUACGUUUCAUUGGUAUGUCGGAGGACGUGGUUGGUUUGUUUGUUCGAGAGAAAAUCGAUGGCAAUUUGCUCUUGCAGCUAACAGAAGAGAUUCUGUCAGAGGACUUUAAGUUAAGCAAACUACAAGUGAAAAAACUCAUGCAGUUUAUUGGUGGCUGGAGGCCCAAAAUGUAAGCUCGAACAAAAAUAUGGCAAAACAUUUAAUGCGCUGCAUAACACUACAGCCUUCAGUAUUGCGUUCGACUGUUUUGUAUCUAUAUGCUAUGCACAGUCUGAAGCCUUGUAAUGAUUUUACUGGUUUGUAGAAUAUAUAUGUGUAUAUGAUAUGAAUAUAGGGUGCUUUGUGUAUUAACUUCCCAUGUCUUGACCUGUACCCUUGUCUCUAUGUAAUCUCUUUCUGUGACCUUAUGGUACCUGCACAACACACUUAAUAUUUUGCUCAAACCCAAAGCCUUUGAGAAAUAUGAAUAUAUUUUGAUCAAACCCAA